AUGGCCUGGGGACAAGGGAAGAGCACAGAGGAGAUGGGACAUGGGCACGGGCAGAGGGGCUUCAGGAAGGAGGACUGGAACCCCAGGGGGUUCCUUCAGAAGCACCUGGUGCUGCUGCGGGACGGACGGACGCUGAUCGGGUUCCUGCGCAGCAUCGACCAGUUCGCAAACCUGGUGUUGCACCAGACUGUGGAGCGCAUCCACGUGGGCAAGAAGUAUGGGGACAUCCCUCGGGGCAUCUUCGUGGUGAGGGGCGAGAAUGUGGUGCUGCUGGGGGAAAUUGACCUGGAGAAGGAGAGCGACACACCUCUGCAGCAGGUGUCCAUCGAGGAGAUCCUGGAGGAGCAGCGGGUGGAGCAGCAGGCCAAGCAGGAGUCGGAGAAGCUGAAGGUGCAGGCGCUGAAGGAGCGGGGCCUGUCGGUGCCACGGGCAGACACUCUGGAUGAGUACUGAGCUGCUGCCCUGGGCUGCAGGAGCCAGGGCUGCUCCAGGAGCUGCCUGGGCAGGGGCACGUCCCCUUGGAAAGGCGGGUUGGAUUUUCAGAUUGUAUUUUCCAUGGUGCUGGUAACUGUACACAAAUCAUGCCUUUGGUCUCCUUCUGGAGGAGAUGAGGAGGGCCCAGCGCACUGGGAGUGCUGCAAGCAUUUACGUUUGGGAGGCAAAUCACUGCUCCUCUGGUUUGUUUGCUUUUUCCUCCUCACAUGACUCUGGGUGAGAGUUUUCCUUGACAUGUAAAUAAAUCCUUGAUCCUGACAUGGAUGUUUUCCGGUAUUCUGGUCCUGACAGUUUGUCCUCUCUCAGGCCAGCUCUCGUCCCUCCGUGUGCUGUGCAGGGACAGGCGGGAGCCCUGCUCCAGCCGUGGGCUGGGCUCACUCCAAGGGAAUGCUGGAGCCCAUGGCAAGAUCCUGCUCUGGGAUGGGGAGCAGAACCCGGGCACCCCUGUACCCCAACAAAGACUAUCCGUGUGGCUCUGCCACUCCCCUGCCCACUAAUUACCAGCUGAACCCACUAAUUACCUGCUGGUGAAGAGCUGCUGUACCUGAGCACCGCAGAGCCUGGGCCUGCAGCCCGUCCUCUCCUCGGGGCUGGGGGAGCUGGUGCAGCUCUGUGGCUCGGAGAGUCCUUUGGCCCGGGUGUGUCCCGGCCCCUCCGCAGGUGGGAGAGUCCUGGGCCCGCCUUUGGGCGGCUGCCAGGCUCCGGGAGCUCCUGGGCGCGGCCAGGGGAGGGCAAACCUGGGCAGGGACAAUCCCCGUGGAGCCCCAGGCUGCUGCCCUGGGCAGUGGGAGGAAUGCCGGACAGAGGGCAAGCCCAGCUCUGCCUGCUGGGGCUGAGCGCAGAGAGCUGGCAGCUGCUGUGGCCAGCACUGGCCCCUUCUCGCUGGCCCAGAGACCGCUCGCUUUGGGGGGAGACGUUUCUGCCCAAUGCAUUGGGCUUGAGUGGGUGCUGUGGGUUUGG